AAAAGCAAACCCGGGGGCCUGGCGCCCACCCUGGCGGCGCCUACAGCCCCCACGCCGGGAACACAGCGAGCUGGGGGUGCCGGGCGCCGGAGAAGCCGCGCCCAGCCGGGCUGGCAGCCCAGCGGAGGGCGCGUCAGGGCGAGGAGCCGCCCGCGCUACCCCCGCCCCUCGGGUGCCAGCGCCGCCCCCGCUGCGGCGGGUGAGGGGCGGGGCGGGGCGCGGCGUAUAUAAGGCUAGGGGCGGGCUCCGCUCUUUUGUCUCUUGCUGCAGCAACGCGAGUGGGAGCACCGGGAACCCGGGCUUGGAGCGGGACCGUACGGAUUGUUUUAAGAAAAUGGCAGACAAACCAGACAUGGGAGAAAUCGCCAGCUUCGAUAAGGCCAAGCUGAAGAAAACGGAGACGCAGGAGAAGAACACCCUGCCGACCAAAGAGACCAUUGAGCAGGAGAAGCGGAGUGAAAUUUCCUAAGAGCCUGGAGGAUUUCCUGCCCCCGUCAUCUUCGAGACCCUAGUCCUGAUGUGGAGGAAGAGCCACCUGCAAGAUGGACACGAGCCACAAGCUGCACUGUGAACCUGGGCACUCCGCGCCGAUGCCACCGGCCUGUGGGUCUCUGAAGGGACCCCCCCAAUCGGACUGCCAAAUUCUCCGGUUUGCCCCGGGAUAUUAUAGAAAAUUAUUUGUAUGAAUAAUGAAAAUAAAACACACCUCGUGGCAUGGC